GAAAGGCCCGUAGAGAUUAUCAUCUCGGCAGAUAAACCGAUCUCGUCGCCCAGAGCAACGGCUGCGUUCUCUCCGAGAGACGAGUUAUGCCGAUGAAAUCAACAGAUCCCGCUAAGAAUAGAAAUGAAGCUGGAUCGGGCCCAUUAUUUUUGCAUGACUGCGUGGCUUGGACGGUGCUGAGGAAACUAUUUCGCCUGCUGAUCGCCUGCUGAAAGCUGAACGAGGCUGCGUAGACGCUCUCCUCCUUUGUUGCGGCUGUGUCGUCGUCGUCUGCGUCUGUUUGUCUUGAAAAGCUCCAGUUUCUCUCCCUUGCUUAUCCGCUUCUCCCCACGAACUUCCUACAACACGCACCCAGGAACAGAGAACAGAACAUACGAGAAAAAAACGAGAAAAUUCUCGCAGCGAUCCACUGUCGCGUUCUGCGCCGUCAUCUUCCGCUCUCGACGUUCAACCACUGCAGACGCCGAGUCGUCAGUGAUCCCGUCGGUUCCGUUACUGGACACUUUCGUCGCAGCGCACUGCAGCAAAGCACUCGACUAUGAGGCUCCCCUCGGUUAAUCCAGCUCGAACAAAGAAUAUUCUCCAUGGGAUCCAAGGGCUUAUUAUCUUCCUGGCGUGGGCGUUGACCAUUGCCGUUUUCACAAAGGGUGGCGGCAUCGAUGGUCGGUCAGCCUGGUAUUGGGCACUGUGCUGGUUCUCCAUCCCCGGUCUUAUCUAUCUCAUGGCUGUGCCCAUCUGGCCUCGUGCGCGACGGUUCGGAAACAUGUAUGCAUUUGCAACUGUCGACUGGCUUUACGCGGUGCUCUGGUUCGCAGCGUGGGUCGCUGUGGCUACGUACGUUGCUGAAGGGCCUAGUGACACCUCCAACGACAAGGACAAGGACAAGUCGACUGGGUGUGGCAGCGAGAGCAAAUGCCAUCUUAGUACGGCUACCGUGAUUCUGGGGGUGGUUGUUUUUCUUCUGUUUGUCGCGACCGGCUUCAUAUCUUUCCGCAACGUCGCCCAUUUCCGUCGCACCGGCACCCUGCCCGACAUGGGAACGGAUGCAACGUUCGCGGCGCAGACCAAGGAUGCCUUCUCUUCCAACCCCGGACGCGAUUUCGACGAAGAGGACGAUUUCCGAUCGGGCCGUGGUGGAAUGGGAUCCUCCACGCACAGCAACCACGACGAGGACUAUGCGCUUCUGCACCAGAGCGAGUUGGAUGACUUUGGUCCGGCCCGCACUCCGUUGCAAGGUGGCUACGACCCAACUGGCCCAGGUGCCGGCGGCAUGCACGAUGAUUACAAUACCAGCUACGGAGGCGCACAUGGGCAGCAUUUUGAACCACCGUCGCCUUCUGUGUACUCGACGCCGUACCCACGUUAA